GUGAUGACGUCGAUUUCCUUACUUUCUCCGCAGCAGCAGUAGCAGGAAGAGAAGAGAAGAGAAGCGGAGGCAAAGAGCGUCCGAGUUGGCGCUCGUCCGUGCGGCCAUGUCGGAUUCUUUCCUUCGUUGAGCCGGACGUUAUGAAGGCCGUCCACCUCCUCGCGGGCACGGAGAUGACGGGCGACCCAUGAGGACUUUGAAUGGCGAAAAUAAGGAGCGGGAGAGCGGGGAGGGAGAGCCCCCUCUGGAGAAGGACGUGGACGUGGCCCGGCUGUGGCGAGACGCCGCCCUCCGGUCCCGGAAGCUGCGCAGCCACCUGCGCCAGGCGCCACCCCGCCCCGAAGAGCAGGACCUGUCGCAGGUGGAGACCCUCAACCUGGGCAACAACCUCUUGCAGGAUCUGCCCCAAGGCCUGGCGUCCAGCCUGGACAACCUGCGCGUGCUGGUGCUGCGCCGGAACCGCUUCUCCAGCGUGCCGCGUGCCGUCCUGGAGCUCCCGCGGCUGGCCGAGCUGGACCUGAGCCACAACCGGCUGAGGGGCGUGGCCGACGGCCUGGCCGAGAGUUUGCCCGCGCUCAAGAAACUCAACUUGGCUCACAACAGUAUCCUCCAGCUACCCGAGCGCAUCGCCGCCUUGGCGCUCCUGGAGGAACUGGACGUCAGCUUCAACGAGCUGCGGAGCCUGCCCGCCUCGUUCGCAGACCUGGCCGGGCUUCGCGCGCUGGACCUGGACCACAACCGGCUGGCCGGCUUCCCUCCUGAGAUCCCGGCGCUGGCCGCCUUGGAGGAACUGGACUGCUCGGGGAACAGCUUUGACGUCCUGCCCCAGGACGUGGCCCGGCUGAACAGUGUAAAGAUCUUGUGGCUGAGCAACCUGGAGCUUAGCUCGCUGCCGGACGCUUUCUGCCAGCUGCGUCGCCUAGAGAGCCUGAUGCUGGACGGGAACCACCUGGCCACGCUGCCGCCCGCUUUCGGCACCCUGCGCACGCUGAAAAUGAUCAACUUGUCUUCCAACAGACUUGACGACUUCCCAGAUGUUCUGCUGGACAUUUCGGGGCUGGAGGAGCUUUACCUGAGCAGGAACCGACUGACCCGAGUGCCGUCGGAAAUCGCCCGCUUGCGCAACCUGGUCAAUCUCUGGCUGGACCACAACCGCCUGACUUACCUGCCCGACUCGCUGGUGGACCUGGCUAAGUUGGAGGAGCUGCUCCUCCAGGGCAACCAAAUCGCCGUCCUUCCCGACCGCUUUGGAAAACUGUCGGGGCUCAACGUUUGGAAGGCGGAGGGCAAUCCACUGGUCCAGCCUCCGUAUGAGGUGUGCGCCAAGGGGAUUGCGCACAUCGCCGCCUAUCAGCGGGACCUGGCCCGUUCACGCCCGGAGGCCCGGCCCAGACUCAACGUGGUCCUGCUGGGGCCGAGGGACGCCGGGAAGACGUGGUUGCGACAGAUCCUGCUCGACGGCGGCGGCCCGGACGUUGGUGCCGAGCGGGGAAUCCACGUCUCUGACUGGGCGGCGGCGGAGGGCGACCCGGCCUUCCGGCUCUACGACGUGUCCGCGGAGUCUGAGCUGGACCCGGUCCGGCCCCUCUUCCUGUCCCCCGCCGCGCUCUACAUCCUGGCCAUCAACCUGCGUUCGUACUCGCCGCGUGACUUCUACGCCAGGGUGGGCUACUUCCUCCGCUUGCUGGGCUCCAAGGUGCCCCGGGCCGUGGUACUGCUGGUGGGCACGCGCACCGACCUGUGCGUGGAGGCUGAGCUGGAAGAGAAGAAGCUGGACAUCCACCGACAGGUGGGCAUGCAGGAGACCGGGGACGCGCGGGUUCUGAGGAGCUCGGCGCUCAAAGCGGAGCGGGCACUGCGGCGGGGUUACCCCGCCCGUGCUUCCGGCCCGCGCGGCUACUUCUACGCUGUGUCCGAUGGCAACCUGCGGCGGGAGGUGGCCCGGCUGCGUUCCCUCCUGGAGAAGCGCCCGCAGAUCCUGUCCCCGCUGCUGAGCGACGUCCGUCGACUGAGGGAGAAACUCGUGCGUCUGGCCCGGAACACAGAGAUCUUCCCUGAGCUCCAAAGGGCACCGCCCGGGUCCUGGCAGACACUGGAGAAGCUGCACCUGGACUCCAAAGAACCUUGGCUGACCCGGAAGGACUCUGCCCGGCUGGGCCGUCAGGCGGGGCUGACUGAGGAUGGCCUGCAAAGCGCCUUGUCCUACCGGCGCCGCGCCGGGACGCUGAUGCACUGGGAGCACGACCCCGUCCUGGAGGACUACAUCUUUCACGAUGUCCCGCGCUUUAUCGGCAUCAUUGACGCAUUCCUCCCAAGGGAGCGCCGGCAAGGGGAGGACCCGGAGCUGGACGCUUUUCGCUACCGUGGACUGUUGCCGGCCGGCGCAGUCCACCGGCUGCUGCGCCCGGUUCUCCCGGAACCAGGGGACCCAGACAGUGUCAUGGACCUUCUGGAGAAGAUAGGUUUCUGUUAUUGCGUCAACAAGCCCCGCGACGGGGAACCCCCGAACGGCGGCGCCGAGCUCUGGUACAAGUUUCCCGGAUGCGAAGGCUCGGGAGCAGAACCCGGCAACACUCGCUCUGAGAUGGAACUCAACGACGGGAGCUCAGACCGGGAACUUCACGGUAGCUCUGAUUCAGAACCCGAAGACGGGAGCUCCAACUCUGACCUCGGCGGGAUCUCUGAGCCGGAACCAGAUGGGAGCUCGGACCCGGGACCCGACGCCAGCCGCGCUUGUCCCUUGUCUUCGGCCGAGCGGCUGGAGAUCCGCUACAGCUUCCCCUUCCUUUUCCCACCCGGACUCUUUGCCCGCUUCUGCGCCCGUAUUAACAGACAUGUGGCACGGAGGUGGGAUGGCCGGCGCCGUGUCCUGGCCUAUCGGGGAAAAGUCCCAGUGGCGGUUAGCCACCGGCUCCCGGCGGGCGGGCGCCCCCACACCCUGUCGGUCGGCAGCCAAGCGGCGCUGCCCAACAUGUGGACGGCGUGGCAGGCCGUGGCGCCGCUGCUCAGCGAGUUGGACGCCCUGCUGGGGGACUGGCCUGGUUUACACUACCAAAAACACAUCCUGUGCGCCAAAUGCCUGCGCAGAGGCUCGGCCAGCCCGCACGCCUUCCCGGGGGAGCUUCUAUCUCAGCGCCGUCCCGAAGGUGUGAGUGAGCUGAUGUGUCCCAAACAUUUGUCGGAGCGGGUCAACGUGGCUUUGAUCUACCCGCCCACGCCAGCAGACACGCCCCCAACUACGCCCACGGCUGCUCCGAUUGGCUCCGAAUGAGCCUGCUGGGUUUUGGAGAUGAGACGUAACCUCUCAGGAAGACGAUGUGGACGUCCCACCAUGCGUCUCAGAUGACGCUAUUUAUUCUCCAGCUGUCAAUUCAUCCACCGGUGAUCAGCUGUUCCUUCCUACCCCAUGAGCAAGCAAGAUGUCCUACCAAUGACCAGUGUUAAUAUUUUGGUAUUUAUGGAGCCUUUUUUGACCUUUUCUUCGCCUCAGAAUACGUUUUCCUCCCAUACCCUUUCAAACAUUGUUUUCUUGAAAUCAGAGUGUUAUCUGUUGACCGCAUUAAUCACGUUGUGUAUGUAUCUAUACCACCUUUAUUUGAUAGGACUACAUUUUAAGGUAUUUUUGAGUACCUUCUUCCUGUAUGCAUCUAAACAGAACAAACUAAAGCGCACGUUAGGACUUCAGGUGUCAAAUUGGCCUCUGGUAGGACUUUUGACAGGGGUAGGAAGGACAUUUUGGCAGAAGGCCGGUCAUAUUUGUAGCCAAAGAUGAGCAUUGGUUAUCGUUUUCGCGGGAUGACAUCACUUUUUCAUGUAAAUGAAACCUUUAUUUUUCUACACUUGGAAAAGUGAGGUAAGGCACAUGACAAAUAAAUGAUGAACAUGAUCACCGAGCAUCUUUUUUUUUUAACUCGAUCGUCGCCAUCUUUCAUUGGCUGCCACUGACCUUGCUAGACGUCCGAGGCGGUGGGACUGGGACGGCCCGCUCGCAGUCCAAAUGAAUUGUUUGUUGCCGUCAAUUUCUAAUUUCUACCAU